GAAGGCCACAACCAUUCCCGUUCACCAAAAGCUCUAAUUAGCAAUGGCAAUGAGGUUACAGUCACUGCUGUUGGGUGUGCUACUACUAACUGGCUUUGCAGCGGGAGAUAGUAAAACUACUGCUGUUAUACCUAGUCGUUAUAGCAGUGCUUCCCUGAACAGAAGCAGUUUUCCAUCAGGCUUUGUAUUUGGUUCAGCUUCAGCAUCUUACCAAUAUGAAGGUGCAUGGGAUGAAGGUGGUAAAGGACCAAGCAUAUGGGAUAACUUCACCCACCAGUAUCCAGAAAAAAUCAUUGAUGGAAGCAAUGGGGACGUGGCUGAUGAUCAAUACCACCGCUAUAAGGAAGAUGUAAAGAUUUUGAAGGAUAUGGGAUUGGAUGCUUAUAGGUUCUCUAUCUCAUGGUCCAGAUUGUUACCAAAUGGAAAGCUAAGUGGGGGUGUGAACAAGGAAGGAGUACAAUACUACAACAAUCUCAUCAAUGAACUCCUAAACAAAGGUGUAACGCCAUAUGCGACAAUCUUUCAUUGGGAUCUUCCUCAAGCUUUAGAAGAAGAAUAUGGUGGUUUCUUAAACCGUCAAAUUGUCAAUCAUUUUCGAGACUACGCAGAACUUUGCUUUAAGUUAUUUGGCGAUCGGGUAAAGCAUUGGAUCACACUAAAUGAGCCAUAUACUUUUAUUACUUUUGGCUAUGCAUCAGGAGAAUUAGCACCCGGGCGAUGUUCUGCUUGGCAGAACUUAAACUGCACCGGCGGUGAUUCGGCUACCGAACCCUAUAUAGUAGCACACCACUUCCUCCUCGCUCAUGCACAUGCUGUUAAAGUGUACAAGACUAAAUAUCAGGCAUCUCAAGAAGGCGUGAUAGGAAUAACAUUAGCGACAAAUUGGUUUGUGCCGGUUUCUAACGCAACGCGUCAUCGGAAUGCUGCAAAUCGAUCUUUGGAUUUUAUGUUUGGAUGGUUUAUGGAGCCAUUGACAAGCGGCCAAUAUCCGCACAGUAUGCAAGUUCUUGUUAAAGAAAGAUUACCUAAAUUUACACAAGAAGAAUCCAAGUUAAUAAAAGGGUCAUUUGAUUUUGUUGGAAUGAAUUAUUAUACUACUCACUAUUCAAGCGAUCAACCUCAUAAUAAUUCUGCAAAUGCAAGCUUCCUGACCGAUGCUCGCGUUUUUGAAUCAACCGAGCUUAAUGGAGUCCCCAUUGGUCCUCCGGCUGCUUCAAGCUGGCUAGUUAUUUAUCCAAAAGGCAUUCGAGAGAUUUUACUCUACGCAAAGCACAAAUAUAAUAAUCCGCUCAUUUACAUUACUGAGAACGGCCUUGACGAGUUCGAUGAUCCCACAUUGUCACUUCCGCAAUCCCUCAAUGAUACCCACAGAAUUGAUUACCACUACCACCACCUCGACUAUCUUCGAAAAGCAAUCAAUGAUGGUGUAAAUGUGAAGGGAUACUUUGCAUGGUCAUUGCUGGACAAUUUUGAAUGGGCUUCUGGAUACACCUUACGAUUUGGUUUCGUCUAUAUAGAUUACAAUGAUGGACUUAAGAGGCACCCAAAACUCUCAGCAAGCUGGUUCAAAUGUUUCCUUGGAUAAUGGUGAAGAUAUCCUGCUGCGGUUGUUGUUCGUGAAAUAAAUAUGCCAAGCAUAUCAUUUCCCUAUUUUCAUAAUUGUAUUCCUUUAUGAAUGUUCUUCCUUUUUCGUGAAAUAAAUAUGCCAACUAUAUAUGGAUG